GGGGCUCGGAGGCCACCUGGAGGGUAUAAAUGGGCGGCCCACGGCGAUUGUUCUUCCAAAGGUCCUCAAUUCGUGAGCACCUUGGUCGCAUUCCUUUUGCCAUUCCUACCAAUCACACCACUUCAUUGUCCUUAAGUUGAUGCUAGUCUCCAUCUCACUGGAUUAAACAUGCCUUUGUCCGGACACUGUCUCUGUAAAGCUGUCACCUAUACGGUUGACGUCGAUCAGCCGGCGCUGACAGCGUACGAUCAUUGCGAUGACUGUCAACGCCAGAGUGGCUCUACUUACUCUCUCGUCGCCGUGGUCCCAAAAGAUAAGCUGAGCAUCAAGGGCCCUAUAAAGAGCUGGGCUGGUGUGGGAUCCUCAGGAAAGAAGGUGCACCGCGUCUUCUGCUCCGAAUGCGGUUCGCCUAUCGCCCACGAUCCGGAGGCUGCCCCGGAGAUCAUCGCCAUCAAAGCGGGUACUUUGGAUUGGGAGAUCAAGAAGCAGCUGAAGCCCGAUACCGAAAUCUGGACUGUCAGCAAACUCCCCUUCUGCCAGGAGCACCUCGCAAAGCCUUUCAACCAUAUGCCUGAAUAAAUGAUCGAUGGAUGUAUGGGAGAAUUAUCAUGAUUGACCGCUAUGACACGACCAGAAACUGGAUUCAAUGUCUCUAAUGAUAUUUAUAAUAAAUUGGGUUGACCUUGUAUACAAUCUACGAAUAGCUCUUCGUGUAUCGUGGCCUAGGUAAUAUUUUUGGCGUCUAACGCGAUCCAG